GUCUGCCCGGAAUGGUGCUAACAUAGAGGGUGGGAGGGGAAAAGACGGUCUUUGUGCCCCGGGUAUCGGGCCCCGGAUCCCCAAACCGCGGCUGGGGUCCUGAGCAGGACAAAGCGUUAGAGGCUCUAUAGUAAAAGUCUCUUUCUCGUUGUUAAGGAUAUUCUGCCGAAACUUAUUGAAACUCUUCUCUGUGCCGGGCAUCGUGUUGGGCGGAGGGGUGGACGAAGAGUGGGGGAGGAAUCCAGGGCUACUGAACCACUCCUUAUUCCCUCCGGGCUUGUUGUUUGAUGGGAGAAAGCCAUGAAGCGAGAUAAAAGUUGUGUCUUGUUAAAUUUGUAACUUUUAAGUGUGCCCCAGCCGCAUUUUGGAGUUUUUUUUUAAUGCACGCUUUUGGUUUUCCCUGCAGAGUCUUAAUUCUGUAGCUCUGGGACAGAGCCUGGGCAUUUGUGAUCCUUUGCUUUGUGAGUUCUUUAAAGCCCACCGGUGAUUUUGUUGCCCUGCCCAAACUGAGAAUCAGUGUUAGAGAAUGGAAGCAGACUUCUUUGGGAGCUAGAGAGCAAGUUGCCUAACAUGUCUGGGCCUUGGUUUCCUCAACUGAAAAGUGAAGACGGUUGAAAUAAGUUGUUGCCAGUUGCGGUGAACUCAUCCCUCGACUCAUGGCGACCUUAUGUAUAACAGAACUAAACUCUGCCCAGCCCUGACCCCUCUUCAUGAUCUUUGAGGAGAAAGGUGGAUUGGUAUCUGAAGCCUAUGGAGAAGAUGACUUUUCUCGCCUCGGGGGUGAUGAAGAUGGUUAUGAAGAAGAAGAUGAUGAAAACAGCAAACAGUCGGAAGAUGACGAUUCAGAGACUGAAAAACCUGAGGCUGAUGACCCAAAGGAUAACGCAGAGGUAGAAAAGCGAGAUCCCCAGGAAUUAGUUGCCUCAUUUUCUGAAAGAGUCCGGAACAUGUCACCUGAUGAAAUCAAGAUCCCGCCAGAACCCCCUGGCAGAUGUUCAAAUCACUUACAAGAUAAGAUCCAGAAACUGUAUGAGCGGAAGAUAAAGGAGGGAAUGGACAUGAACUACAUUAUCCAAAGGAAGAAGGAGUUUCGGAACCCCAGCAUCUAUGAGAAGCUGAUCCAGUUCUGUGCGAUUGACGAGCUUGGCACCAACUACCCAAAGGAUAUGUUUGACCCCCAUGGCUGGUCCGAGGACUCCUACUAUGAGGCAUUAGCCAAAGCCCAGAAGAUUGAAAUGGACAAAUUGGAAAAGGCCAAGAAGGAGCGAACCAAAAUUGAGUUUGUGACAGGCACCAAGAAAGGCACCACGACCAACGCCACAGCCACCACCACCACCACCGCCAGCACAGCCGUCGCAGAUGCCCAGAAGAGGAAGAGCAAGUGGGACUCAGCCAUCCCGGUGACGACAAUCGCCCAGCCCACCAUCCUCACCACCACUGCCACCCUGCCUGCCGUCGUCACAGUGACCACCAGCGCCAGUGGCUCCAAGACCACGGUGAUCUCUGCUGUGGGCACCAUUGUGAAGAAGGCCAAGCAGUGACCAGUGGGGCCACAGGGUCAGAGUGGACCUUCCCCUUCCCAUCGAGAGAAGGAGCUGUUCCAGGACUCAACAGGCUGUGUCGCCCGUAACUGGGGGGCGCCACUCUCUAUUCCAGACAUGGGGCCUGCUAACAACCGCCCUCCCCGAGAAGAGCCCCUAGCUGGCAUUCUAGCCAGAAGAAGGACAUUGUGCGGCCGAAGAGUGGGGCCUGUGGACAUGUGUAUACUGUUUGGGGUUUGCACCCUAUUAAACGUACUGUUUUUUUAGCACUUGGCCUCUCAGGUGCGCUGCCCCCCCCCGCCCCCACCACUGUCUGUUUCGAGACAGAUGUGCGAGCUGGGGUGCUCUGUGGUUUUGGUUGGGAUUGUUACCCCAGGGUUGAAAUGGGGUAACCAACACUUGUGACACUGCUCAGAGGAGCAGCCUGCAAAGUCACCCCAGUCAUUCACUGGCACUCAGUGUGACACCCUUUGGGGCACAGGUGAGAUUCCAGGGAGUGGGGUGAGAACACGUGUUCCUGCUCUCUGCUGCCUCAAUCCUGAAACCCAGCCUGUUCUCAGGCAAGAGCGGGGGCUUCUGCCUCCUGGGGCAAUGGAGCACCCCCAGACCACUUCUUGGACACACCCAGCCUUUUGAAGUCAAGCUAGUUACCAGAAGAGAUGGGGGAGAUGCUGACCUGUGCAUUGGUGCCCGGAAUGGGGUUGCCCAGCUCCUUGGCUCCAAGUGGUGGGGGACAUGAAUCACCUCCGCCCUGGCGGGGCUACAGCUUAUUGUUUACAUGAAGGCCGGCUCCUGGGAGAUCCUGCCACCCCACCCUUCCUCUACUUGUUAUCUCUGCCCCACAGCUGCCUGGCAGCUCCCACGGCUGCUGGGUUCCUCCGGGGGCCUAAGCUGCUUUUCCAGCUGUGGCCAGCCUGCCGCGUCCACAGGGGGCUCAUUUAUCUUCCGUGUUCUUUGGCAACUCUCCUUCCCACCAGCGGAAGGGCCGACUGUCAGAGGAGGAAGCCAAGCUGUGAAGAGCCGUGUUGUUUCCACGGGCGGGCAGGGGUAUGGAAAGGUGGGCCUGAAAUUGUGGCCGACCAGUCAUGCUGUUAUGUGGCCUGAUGAACUCUGCCCGCAGGUCCCAAGAAUAAAACUGGAGUCACUCUUGCCUCCCCCACUUCACACGUGCACGUAGUCGACACCAGAGGAGCUUAAUUCUCACCCUCCCUUCCAGUGGCAGGACUGUGCAGCCCUGGGAGACUAGCUGUUCGCUCAGCGCCAAGAGUCUCUGGGAAGGUUUCCUGCCCUCGGCCUCCAGCUGGGGCCUCUUGUUAGCCCAGAGGGCCUGUGGAGGUUUGCGGGGGAUGGUGUGGGGCAGGGGAAAUGGCAGUAAAUGGGGAGUCAGAGCCUCCGUCUGGAGUCCCAGUUUAAAGCAGGUGCUGUGGGCUUGGGCCCUUCACCUAUGUAAGCCCAUGGCCUUCUCUGUCAAAUCAAGGUAAUAAAGCUCUGGAAGGUGGUUAUGAGGAAUCGGUGAACUGAUUUAUGCAAAAACUUUAUAAAGCAUAUAAAACUUUACAAGCAA